AAAAAAUUUCUUAUCUAAGUUUUAUUCGAGUUAGUUUUGGUUGGCGAGGACCUGAUGGCUAUGACAGGUGAAGAAGAGUUGGAGUACGAGAGUGAUCCAGAGGAGGCGAAACGGUCACUGGCGAUGCGGAGGAGAGAGGCGGCGAGUGACGAUGAGGAAGAUGAAAGGGAAGAGGCUAAUAACACCGAGGCAAGGGUGGAUCGGAGGGCUGUGAUUCAUUCCGAUGAAUCAGAUGAUCAGGGCGGUGCUGCAGAUUUUGAUGAUGACGAAGAAGAAUUGGACUUUGACGACGACGAAGAAGAAGUGUAUGAUGAAGAGGGGGGAUUUGAUGAAGAGGAGGUAGAGGAAGUAAGGAAAGGAGAGUUGCAAGGGAAUGUGGAGAGGAACGGAGAAGAUGUAAAGGAGCUGGGGGUGGUUGAUGGGAACAGGAAUGUGGACGAGGAAGUGGAGAUUAACAAUAAUGAUAAUAAUCAUUUAGGAGAAGAAGGUGAAGAAGAAAAGAAGGAAAAUGAGCCAUUUGCAGUGCCAACUGCUGGGACAUUUUAUAUGCACGAUGAUAGAUUCCGAGACAAUGUUGGCGGUCGUAAUAGGCGAACACAUGGUGGAAGGAAAUUGUGGGAAUCCAAAGAUGAUAGGAAAUGGGGACAUGAUAAGUUUGAGGAGAUGAAUUUGCAAGAAAAACAUUAUGAAGAAGGUGGAAGAUCUUCUCGAGGUAGAUAUCGAACUCGGAGUAAAAAUAGGGAUCCAGAUAGUGGGUAUUCUAGAGGAAGUAGGCCCAAAGCAUCUGGGAAAAGCAAUAAUCAGAACCAUGCUUCUAAGGCUGUGAGAGGUAGAGGACCUAGGAGGUAUGAACCUAAUAUGAAAAAGAGCAGUCAGGCACCUCCGACACAAAACAAACUUUCUGGGAAACCUCAUGAGAGAACUUCACAAGCCAAUUCAAGUAGAGCUUUCAUACCUGAAACAAAUGCAGACACUGCUUCAGUUCCUGCUAGGAAACAUAUUGUUGAAUCAAGCUUGAGUUCCGCUUCUCCUCCCUUCUAUCCAUCAGGGUCUUCCAACAAAGACAUUACUUUGACUCAGAAGAAGGACAUGCAAGCUGGAAGCAUAAGCAGAAAACUUCACCCUCCUGUUACAGAUGAGAAUUUUUCUGUUUCGCAAUCCAGUACAUUACAAGGGAAGAAUGUACUUGAUUCUCUCAGCAUGACCAAGCUUUAUAUAGAUGAUUCCAGCAUGUCAGCUUUUGUGAAGCCUUUAACUAACGUACAAUUAGGUAAUACUGGUCAGCCCUCUCAUUCCCGGGUACAAGGGAGAGGUGUAGCUAUCCCUGGACAGAAGGCCUAUCAGCCAGCUCCUCAUCAGAACCAAGUAAACAAGUUUUCUCCACCAACGCAGGUGAAUUCUGUUCAGAGAAGUUCUGUCCAAGGCAGGGCACUUUCUUUUGUACAAGCAGCUGCUCAGCAGUUGGGCCAGCAUCCUGGUAUUGUUGGGUCUCAAUCUUCCUCUCCUCCAAAAAAAGCCACGUCAGUCUGUUCCUAUGAAUCUGGAGAGCUUGAAUCGUCAGAAACAAGUAAAUCCAAGGAUGCAUUGGCGAGCAAGGGAAAAGGAAGUGCUCAAGGAGCCGGAAGGGGCUCUUUUCUUUAUGGUGGAGCUCAUAUUAUGGGAGCUACUGGGAGUAUUGCUGUCAACCAGGGUGAUCAAAACUUUCCUGCCUUUCUGCCUGUUAUGCAAUUUGGGGGCCAGCACCCUGGUGGCCUUGGUGUUCCUGCUGUUGGCAUGGCAUUUCCUGGAUAUGUUGCCCAGCCGCAACUUGGUAGGGGAAAUUCUGAAAUGACAUGGCUGCCAGUAUUGACGGGUGCUGCUGGAGCUUUAGGGGCAACAUACUGUCCACCUUAUAUUGCAGUUGAUGGGUCUUAUCAUGCUCGUCCAUCAGGACAGAUAUCUUCUACUGGAUCCUCAAGCAAAGAAAAUACGUCUAACAAAACAAAUAAUGAAUGGAAGACUUCCCAGGGAACUGAGCUUGUGAGUGAUGAAUUUGGGCAACUACAAAAUAACCCAAAUAAGCAGCCUCGCAGAUAUUCAGAAAUGAGCUUUAGCAAGUGAUUUAGUUAUUAAAGAUGGAGCCCGUCCCAAUAAUGAAGGCCUUUCUUCCUGGCCCUUUGUGAUCUUCAGAUUUUGACCUGGAACACUUUGGGCUGCAACUUGUUCUGGAGUAGUGUAGUUAUAUGUGACAAACGCCUGCUCAUGCUGCAUUCAGUUUAAGAAUAUUAUUGUGGCCUGACGGGUAGCAUUCCCUUGUUUAGAUGUGCGGUUUUUCUUGUGGCUUGAAUUUCUGAUGAAGCUUGUGAGAAGUUUAGGCGGGCUUUAUAAACGUGUGAACAAGAAUUAUUGUGCAUCAGAUGUUUGCUUGAUGAACUUCAUUUAUUUAUUUUUAUUUGCACAGGUGAAAAGUGAUGUCGUCCCCUCUUUGGUGAAAGAAUACUUGUCUGAUUGAUGGGUUGAGCUUGGUUUUGAGAAGUACAUCAUCAAUGUUUGAGAUUUUUCUUUGUUUUUUUUUUUCGUCUUUGGAGGCUGGUUAGUUAUUGAGAUAUUGCAGGGUUGGAUUCUACUCGUCCAAUGGAUUCUUUAAUUUUAUCAGUGCAUUUGGUGACAAGUGUUUUGAAGUUUUAAG